GAGGGCCUGGCUCCCUUCUCUCUUCUCCUCGGCCGCGCCGCCUCCGCCUCCGGCCGGAAAUGCCGUCCCCCUCUGAGCCUCCGCGCUCGUCCUGGGUCAUCCUCGGCGCCAUCCCGCGCGUCUCCGCCGCCGCCGCCAACCCCUCCAUCGACCUCGCCGCGCCCCCGCGCAUCUCCCUUCUCACCAUCCCCAAGCGCAUCUUCCCGGACAAGGUCACGCCCCACAACUACCCCAAGCUCCUCGCCGCCGACCCCUCCGGCCUCCUCCUCCUCCACGCCGACCAGGGCCGCGCCAAGGGACCCACCAUCAUCGACCGCCCCGACCACCAGUCCUUCUGCUGGCUCGCCAACGUCGCCGGCUACUUCGUCCUCCACGCCAACGCCGACUCCGUCGCCGACCCCUCCGCGCUCGCCCUCCCCGAGCCCGAGCUCGUCAUGAACGCGGGCCACCUCGGCAUCCUCGCCUCCCCCGACGGCUCCGGCUACGUCGUCGCCGAGCUCCAAACCUUCCUCGGCGAUGACCACGCCACCCUCAUCUCCUUCUCCUCCGACGUUGGCGAGUGGGUCGACAAGACCGUCGACUACCCGCUCCCCGCCCGUCCCCUGGGCACCCACGGCGUCGUCGCGCUCCAUGGCAGGCUCUGGUGGGUCGACCUCUCGUGGUGCCUCGUCGCCUGCGACCCCUGCUCCGAUAAGCCGGUCCUCGCCGUCGUCCCGCUACCGCCGGCCAAGGAGAUCCCGUACGGCCAGGCGGCAGGGGUGAUCCACAGGUACCGCGCCGUCAGAGUCAGCGCCGGCAGGCUGUGCUUCGUCGACAUGUACAGGAACCGUGACAGCCGCGGCGGUCUCCAGGUCAGCGUCUGGACGCUGCCCGACGCCGACUCCACGGAGUGGGCGCUGGAGCACGAGGCCAGCUUCACUGACAUCUGGGAGCACCACACCUACAAGGCCGCUGGCCUCCCCGCCAAGAUCCCCGUCCUCGCGCUCAUCCACCCCGACGACCCCGCCGUCGUCUACUUCUUCCUGGAGGACCAUCUCGUCGGAGUCGACUUGCGUGACCGCGCCGUCGUCGCCUGCGACCUCUACCACCUCGUCGAUCCGCCCAGGAACCUCGUCUCCACCCGCUUCGUCUACGCCUGGCAGCUGCCGCAACCUCUUUCCCGUUCCCCACCAGAUUUUGCCAAGGAGAGUACUGAGGAUGGACCAGAUGAUGUCGCUGCGACACUAGCAUCAUCAGUGAAUAUCUAAGAUGAAGAGCUGAGGCUGGGGAUUACUAGUGUUAUCUUUUUGGCAGGUGAGGCUCAAGUUGUUUAGGAUGACAAUCUGCAGUAGAUUCUGUUUUGUAGAACAUAAGAACAACAUCAUUACAUGUAAAGAAUCGCUGUCUUGCACGGUACUGUUUUGGUUUUGCAUCGUUGUCUUACACUGCGAUUUUGGUCAGCUCUGUGUUGCAGGUUGAGGAAGCAAUCAAGUUGUUGAAGGGCGUAAUAUAUAUUGUGAUCUGGCGUUGCACCCAGGGUGCUAGCUAGUUUUCUCUGUUUUUUUUUUUUUUUUUGGUGAUGGAAUUACUAGUACCAUGUUAUGCAUGUUUUGGUAAUUUGACUGCUGGAGACGAAGUUUAUCUUGUAUGACUGCGUAUGGGGAUCCCUUUGAAGUUUGAACGUGAGUGGUCGUUUAUGAAUUAGUAUGCCUAUAUGCGUAACGCAACAAGCUAUCUAUAAGAGUGCAUUUACUCUGA